ACUGCAAGAUCUAACUAACAAUAUUUAUGCAGAGAAUGUAUUAGGAAGUGUGCUAUAUUAUCCUAAUGUAAUAGUGUGUAAAUUAGGUUUUGGUAGAUUCUGGUAACUUGGUGGUGUCUGUAUGCUGUAACCAACAUGGCAAGAAAAACUUGGAUUAUACCAUGUCUAUGCAUUUUUAUUAUGUUACACAAUCUAUGCUUGACCAAAGAUUCUGAAGAUUGGUCAAAAUAUCUUGAUUCCAUCAAGAAUGCAAUGGAAAAUUAUAAACCAUGUGAAGGCAACUGCACCUGCCAUUCAAAUGUUAUAGAUAAUGAUUUGAAAAUAUGGCAAAACAGGGGUGGAAUUAAAGAAGAGGAUUUUGAAAGAGCUAAGAAGUAUGGAGUUCAUUAUCAAAUCAUUGAUAAUAUUCUUUAUCGAGAAGAAAAAUGCAUGUUUCCAUCAAGAUGUUCUGGAAUUGAACAUUUUAUAACACAACUUCUUGACGAUCUUCCUGAUAUGGAGAUGAUUAUUAAUGUAAGAGAUUGGCCUCAAACAAACAAACGAGACCUUGAUCCUCGACCUGUGUUUUCAUUUAGUAAAGUUGUUUCACAGCAUAUUGACAUCAUGUAUCCAGCAUGGACCUUUUGGGAGGGCGGUCCAGCUGUUUGGCCAAUAUAUCCGACAGGGCUAGGUCGCUGGGAUGAAAUGAUGAAGUCUUUAAAAGCAAAGUCAAAUGAAUGGUCUUGGAAUCGCAAAGAAAAUAAGGGAUAUUUUCGUGGGUCUAGAACCUCAGCGAUGAGGGAUCCAUUGAUUUUACUGUCUCGAUCAAAGCCAGAUUUAGUUGAUGCUCAAUAUACAAAAAAUCAAGCUUGGAAAUCUGAUAAAGAUACAUUGGGAGCAGAACCUGCGGAGCCAGUCCAUCUACUCGAACAUUGUAAAUAUAAAUAUCUGUUCAAUUUUCGAGGCGUUGCUGCGAGUUUCCGAUUAAAGCAUUUAUUCUUGUGUGAUUCCCUUGUAUACCAUGUGGGAAGUGAUUGGAUUGAAUUUUUUUAUCCAGCUUUGAAACCAUGGGUUCAUUAUAUUCCUGUCCAAGACAAUUUGAAUGCUGUAGAACAAUUACUAAAAUUUGCCAAAGAAAAUGAUCAAGUUGUUAAAAGUAUUGCUACAAGAGGACGUGAAUUUAUUGAACAAUACUUAACAAUGUCGGAAGUGAAGUGUUACUGGAAGCAGCUUCUGAAAAAAUAUGGCAAACUUCUACAAUAUCGCGUGAAACGUGAUAAAGGAUGCAUGAGAUUAUCUCAUCCAAAAAAUCAGCAUUCAGAAUUUUGAUAUUCUCCACUGUUGUCUGUUGAUAUUCAAAUUUUGUAUUUUGGAAUACCCACUGAUAAAUUAUGGAAAGAGUGUUUAUGCAGGUACAAAAUUGCAUAGCUAUGCAAAAACUGAGGUUAAUUAAGACUUUAUAAUGGUGCUGAUGUUCAAUUUCAUACUCUUGUUUGCUUAGUACAAUCAUAGAUGUUUUCCCUGAAAAAGUUAAAUGUUCUCUAACAGGUAAUGCAAAAUAUAAAUUCAUAGAAUCAUUUGGUUUGAAAAUGAAAAAAAAUCAGAGCGUUGUGUAAGCAUGACCAAAAUUUUUUAUUUUUAAGUGUUCAAUAUGAUUUUUGGAUAUCCCAAUUUCGAUUAUUUGGAAUUGAAAUUUAACAAAAAGGGAAAUUCUUGAAUUCCAAGUCAUUUUGAUGACGGUGUCUCAUGAGUUUUUGUUGUUGAUUGCCUAUUUACUUUUUAUGUAAUAACAAAAAUAGGUGGUCUUUUUAUGAAUUGGAUUAUUCAUAUAUUUUUAUACUGUAAUCUUGAUUGUUUUUAAGUACUCUUGUCCUUUGUCCUUUAAGUACAAUAGGUAACAACUGGGCCACUAUAGAUAUAAACGGCUUUCUGAUGUCUGGGGUAACCUCCAGAUAUUGACUGGCAAGCUGAAGUUUGGGAAUACCCCAUCAAGACCAAAAAUCUCAGAAAAAAAAAAAAAAUUCCUCCCCACUUGAGAAACGUUAGAAUAGCCAAAUCACUUUGGAAAUUGUUGUUCUCCCGAUACAUUUAAGAUUUAUUGUUGUGUUUUGUUGAUGUGUGAAUUAGUGUUAGUUUCCUAUGUGUGUGUUCUUUGCUGUAGCUCAAACUGAAAAUAUGAAAUUCCUUUUGCUUUGAUGCCAAAAAUAACAAAUCACUACCUUUAAUAUUUUGCUAG